UUUAUUUUUUCCACUUCUACAACACUUUUUUUUCUCAAAAUAUGGCCAGACCAAAGAAGUCAGCUAGCGGGGCGUCUUCUCAAAGACCCCUUCGUACAAAGACUGUUCCUGAUAUGUUUUCCAGACAAAAAGCAGUUGCGAGCAAGAGAAGAAUUGAAACCAUGGACGUCUCUAGUGCUGAGGAAGAUGAAUUAAACUCUUCUGACGAUAACUCGGAUAGCGAUUCAGAACUUGGACGAAAGAAAAAGAAAGCUACUGCAAAUAGAAGAAAGACAGCCGCUACCACAAGCUCUGCAAGCAAUGCUGCUCUUAUCACAAGUAGUCAGUUAUUAGAACAAGUCGACCAAUCUAGCUUGAGCACUCAAACUAGUCUUUAUGACAGCGCCAUUUUACCUGAAAAUGCUAUGGACGUAGUUGCUAAAGAUUGGAUCAAAGACUACAAAAGAAACAAGAAGGCCGCUUUAAAGGACCUCAUUAACUUUGUCAUUCGUAGUUCAGGAUGUUCCAUUGCAGUUACAGCUGAUGCUGUUAAUAAAGAUGAUGGUUCCGUCGAAGCUAUUGAAGAGCUUCAAGAAGCAUUAAGCAAGCUUCCUCAUACAGAAUAUCCCAUUAUCUCCAAAACAAAAGAACAUAAAGCCCUGAAGGUUAAUAUGUUGUCCUUAUUCCACGAAAUUAUUGUACAAUGUAAAUUCGAUGCUAUUUACGACGGUAUUUUGAUCGAAACCUUACAAAGUUGGUUGGCUACAAUGUCUAGUUCUGUUUAUCGUCCUUUCCGUCAUACAGCCACUCUCGUUGGAUUAAAGAUCAUCAGUGCUUUAUGUGAUGUCGGAGAGAGUCUUAGAGAUGAUUUAGCUAUUGCUGCCAGACAAUUAAGAGCCGAAAAGAAGAAGACCGAAAAAUCUAGAAGCAGACAAAAACUGAAUGUUAUGGAGCAAAAAUCCGCCACAACACAAACCAAAUGUAAUGAUACAGAAGAAUUCCUAGCCGAAUUCUUCAACAGUAUCUUUGUUCAUCGUAUUCGUGAUGUUGAAUCUGUCAUUCGUGCGGAAUGUAUAAAGGAAUUAUGCGUUUGGAUGCAAAGUUAUCAAGCUUAUUUUGUAGAUAAUAAUUAUAUUCGAUUCUUGGGUUGGGCUUUUAACGAUCAAAGUGCAAGCGUCCGUUCCGAAUGUGUCAAGUCCUUACUUCGUCUUUACAAAAUCGAAGAUAUCGCUUCCAAGCUCACUGCUUUUACUCGCCGUUUCACUCCACGUAUUGAAGAAAUGGCGCUUUAUGAUGUCGAUGUAUCCGUUCGUGUAAAUACUAUUAAUUUAUGUAGCGCUUUGUUUAAAUUGAAGAUCGAUAUUUUGAGUCCUAAAGGUCGUACAGAAUUAUCCAACAUGAUUGCUUCAGAUGUGCCUCGUGUUCGUAAAUCCGCUGCACCUUUUGUCAAGGCAAUGCUUGAUACAAACGUGAUUGAACCUUUGCUUAAACAGGUUACUACCACUUUAACAAAGUCAAAGGGAGGUCGUCGAUCUGCAGCUGCCAUUGCCGCUGCUGCCGCUGUUCCUAUCAAUCAUACUUGGGUCAGCUUCAAGGGUCUUGCUUCUUUCUUGGUACAGCAAACUGCCGGUAUCAACAGUAUCGAAACUUCAAGCGAUAUGCAAGUAGAUCUGGAGUCCUUGUCCAGCUCAUUACUCGAGAAGCGUAGUAUUAUGAUUACCAAUAUUGUAGAAGCUCUUUGGGGCCAAAUGAAUGAAUUACAAGAUUAUUCAUCAUUAUCUGAUUAUUUGUGUCGUGAUCAUUCUCAAUCUCAACAACAAGAUGAAGAGGACGACGAUAUGGAUACUGGAUUAAACACCAUCGAGGAAUGUUACAGAUUGUCAGAGGAUGAAGAAACCAUCUUAAUUGAUGUUUUCGGUGUUUGUAUCCGUACUGCCAUCAGUAAGGGUCUUGACAAGAAUAUGGUCAGCGAAGGAGGUUCAAAGAAGAAGAUGGAUGAUGCUGCUUUGGAGGAAAACAAGAAUGAAAUUUCUCGUCACUUGGUUCAAGUGUUACCCAAAUUAUUAUCGAAACACUCUGACGACACCAACAGAAUGACUCAACUUAUCUGUAUACCUUCUGUCAUGAACCUUAAUGUUUAUUCAGAAUUGCGUGCCGAAACCGAGUACGAAGAGUUAUUAGAAACUUUGGUCAAGGUCUAUCUUGGUGCUAUCCAAACAGAUCUUUUAAUUAACUGCGCGGACUCUCUUCAACACAUGAGCAAGAACGUUAGCAUGACUGAAUUGAACAAUCUUCACUUGGCUACAUUAAAGGAGGCAACCGUAAAUCAACUUAGAGACGCAUGUAGUGGAAAGGAUUUGGUCACAUGUCGUUACACUCCAGCUCUUAUUCAUUCCGUUUCUGUAAGCACACUUCGUUUGGCUUGUUUGAUCAACUUUACCGACGCAACUACAGCUAUGGACGAUUCACAAGGCAUGAGUAUGAAUGUCAUUGAGUAUGUAGGUGCUCUGAUAGACCGUGCCGCAUUUGGAAAUGAGAAAGAAAAAAACAUUAGUCAAAAUGCGUUGACCAUACUUUCUCGUUACAUGAUGUGGAAAUGCAACGCACUAUCUGCUUCUUCUACCAGUGAUGUGAUUCCAAUCAUUGAGCGUCGUCGUGAUUGGACAUUCGAUAAACUCGUCGAGUUAGUAACAGGUAAAGACGUCAGCCCUCUUCCUGAGGUUCGCAUUGCCGCUUUUGGUUACAUGGUGGAUAUAUAUUGGUUAUUCACCAGUGAUAUGUUUGAUGAUUAUGGAUUAUCGCGUCUCAAGACGCAUUGCCCCAGUGAUUUACAAACCGAAUGCACCACUUUUGUCGUAGAAAAAAUCAAGGCAUUCAAUGCACUUAAGGAUAACGAAACUGAAGAAAAGGAGUUGAUCUUGAAACUUGUCUCAAGCUACUCUCGUGGUAUUGUUGUUGGUGUAUUCGGAAUCAACAACACUGCCAUUUUAUUAGAACAAUAUGGAACCAGUGGUACUGAAAUUGAUGAAAUUAUCCAGGCUUUGGUUACGGAGUUACAAGUUGAUCUUAUUGCAGAUGAAAACACAGCAGACGGUAUCUGUAGAUCUUAUUUGGAGUCGUUAAAAACCUCCUUUAAUACAAAUGUUGGUGGAUCAAGCCGAACCAUUGACAGAACAUUAAAACUUGCCCGUCUUGAAACACUAUCAUUAAAACAGGCCAAUCGAAUUGAUGUGGUUCGACAAGUUCCUGCACAGAUUGUUUGCGAGCGUAUUCAUAUCGAUGGCAUCACCUUUGCACUUUCGAAGGCUGCUGAAGCAUAUCAAAGUAAUAAGGAUGACGAGAGAGACAAUGCCCUCAAGUUCUUUAAGGUCCUUGCUGUCUUUGCAAAGGAGCUUACACGUGCUCGUGACAUUGCCAGAAUCCAUAACCAUUUGGAAGAUAGUUUACGACAAAAUGGAUUAGAGGUUGAAGAAGACCAGAAGGAAUGGGAAUUCUAUAUGUCCUAUGUCAAGACUAUGGAUUCUUUCUUGAAAAAGAAGGGCCUUCGUUACGAUGCCACGAAAAGAGCCAACAAUGCCGAGACUCCCGCACAUGAGUUUAACACUGUUUUAAUGGAAGAAGAUAUGGAUGAUAUUGAUGAAUUAGCUGUAAGAGACAAUGGUAAACGUACUUUGUUAGAUGCCGAUAUGGAAAUUGAUGACGAAGUAUCACCAAAGAGAAGACACGUUUAAAGCGAAUCGUAGCUACAUGUAUAUAAAAGAAAUAAAAUGCCUUUUUUUUUUUUUCAA